CAGAGUUUAGACGACGAAGUUAAGGAGGAUGGCAUCAAUCUCAAAAAGUAUAAAGCCGAGAAAAACGAACAAGUAGUGGACAGACAAUGAUACAUGAACAGACAGAAUAAAAGAUCCUAAUUUUUGGUAGUAAAUAAAACUUGAUGAACAGAAAAACAUUAGCCAUUUUAUUACGAGCAAGAAUGAGACCUUCCAACGAUCCCACCAAGUCCCCUGCCUUACCUCUCACUGCCAAUCAAAUGCUGACCAAUUCUCAAGAAACCCAAUUCGAUUCCACUGUCUCUCAACACGCUGCGGAACUUGCAGCUAAACAGCACAGCUCUUUCACUGCUAAAGAGAGGAACUUUGAUUGUGUCCGGGCAUCUAUGCACUCGGCCAUUUCACUAAAUAAAACUGAAGCUCUUGAUGUGGUGCUUAAUAAUUUUGCUGAGGGUUAUCUUAGUCUUUCGCUUGAAAAUCGUCGGAAAUUGUUGUUCAUUCUAGCAAAAGUGUAUGAUCUAAAUAGGAGUCAAGUUCAUGACCUCAUUAAACAAUAUCUUGGACUUGAACCUCCUUCCUAUGGUGAAUCGAAUAGCAGUGAAUGUAAUACUGCUGAACUUGAGGCUGCACUUUCUUCUUUUUAUCGCGUAGAACGAAACUUGAGGCAAGCUCUUAAGCCUACAUAUGAUGUCCUUUUUGAACGACUCAAUAAUCAUCCUGGGGGAUUGCAGUUCUUGUCCAUGAUUCGCGCUGACAUUUUAUCUAUCCUCGCAGAGGAGAAUGUUGCAUCUUUGAGAGCAUUAGAUUCCUACUUGAAGGAAAAACUUAGUACCUGGCUUAGUCCUGCUGCAUUGGAGCUUCACCAGAUUACGUGGGAUGAUUCUGCUUCUGUUCUGGAGAAAAUUGUGGCUUAUGAGGCUGUACAUCCAAUCUGCAAUCUCUUAGAUCUUAAAAGAAGGUUGGGUGUUGGUCGUCGAUGUUUUGGGUAUAUACAUCCAGCAAUACCUGGUGAACCCCUUAUCUUCAUAGAAGUUGCCCUUUUAAAGAAUGUGGCCCAGACAAUACAGGAAGUUUUAUGGGAUAAUCCUCCCAUACCUGAAUCUGACGCAACAUGUGCAUUGUUUUAUUCUAUAUCAUCGACUCAGCCUGGCUUGGCAGGGAUCAACUUGGGGAAGUUGCUUAUAAAACGUGUUAUUACACUGGUGAAAAGAGAUAUGCCGCACAUAUCUAUAUUUGCGACGUUAAGUCCAAUUCCUGGAUUCAUGCCAUGGCUGGUAUCUAAGUUGGCAUCUCAGUCAGUCCUUGCUGAAGCAGAGAAUAUGUCGAAAGCAUCUUCAAGUGGAUUAGUUUCCAUGUUUCAGGAGAACAUUCUUGAACCAAAUGAAGAAAGAUCACUAAUGAAAUGUACUCGGGAGCUUUUUCCUGGAAAAAAUGGUAUGGAAGUGAUGCUACAGCUGUUAUCAUCAACAAAUUAUGGGUGGAACAAAUCAGAUGAAUUGGUUACAGCGUUGAAGCCCCCUCUGAUGCGACUGUGUACCAGGUACCUUUUGCAAGAGAAAAAGAGAGGAAAAGCCCUGGAUUCAGUUGCUAAUUUUCAUUUGCAAAAUGGAGCAAUGAUUGAGAGAUUAAAUUGGAUGGCAGAUUGUUCCAAUAAAGGCCUUCUCCAAAGUGGAGGUAUCAUGGUGAACUAUGUUUACAGGGUUGAAAAGAUUGAAGAAUAUUCUCAAUUGUAUUUCAGUUCAGGACACAUACACGCCUCAAACGACGUAUGCAGCAGUUGAAAGAGCAUGAAGUAACAAGGUUUGCAGAAGGAUGAGCCAAGUAGAAUAUUUUUGAUUCCAGUGUAGGCAAGCCUUGCUCAUAAUAAUUGUUGAAGCUGCAUAUGUAAUAUUAUCUUACUCAUUAUGCUUUUCUCCACUAAUCAAGAUUUGGUAGCCAAUGCUUCUGCUGGUUGCAUUUCAUUUCUUUUUUCAUUUUUAAAUUAAGGGUUAAUUGCAUAUAAAAUCACUAUUUUUAUACCAAA